UUAAUUUUUGACUCGAUUUGACAACGUGUUAGUAAUUGUUGUUGUUUUUCGCAGAGAAAGUAAAUAGAAUCUAAUCAUUGAUCACUGUUUCAGCAUCCAAGAAUGUCGUCUCGGAAAAGAUCAGGAUCAGGUUCAAAACGACCGAAAGAGAAAGUCGUGUAUAUCUACGAACUGUUGAUGCGUGGAGAGGAAACCGGAAAAGAUAAUCAGAAUUUUUGGGACGAGUUUUUUCUCCUACAACCCAACACAGAAGUUUUAGAACAAGAAUUGCUGAAACUAGACUCCGUUAAAUUAGGAAAUGCCAAAAAUAAUAUUUUGUCGUUGUUUAACCAUUGCGUUGAAGUUCUACAUGCCGAUAACAAUAAGCGAAUUCACAAUGCGCUUAUUACCCUUAGCGUUUUAGUAUUUGCACUAUUCAAAAGACACACUGCAACUGGCGAGGAAGGACAGUUUAAUAUUUUUUCUGGAAACAAUAUCUCCGGUAUCGAAAACGUUAUCAAACAGCUUGUGGAGAGGAUAAAGGAUUUGCUAGUCAACGAGGAAGACGACUGUUCGAGAUUUUAUUGCAUCAAGCUGCUCUUUACCGUUGUUACUGGAAUGGAUAAUUUAAGUCAAAAUCUUCUUUUGGAAUACAUAAUGGUGAAUAAUUUGUUUGAUUCACUCAAAAAACUGCUAAGCGAUCCAACAUUGCGCCAGGAGCACGGUCAGGAUAUAGUCAUUUUAUUAACUUUGUUGGUAAACUACAGAAAAGAUGAAGGUACAAAUCCAUACGUAGUACAUCUAUCUUUACUUGAUGACGAAUUAGCUCUACAUGGAUUUGGCCAGAUAAUUUCGGCAACACUAUUCGAAUUUAUCCGGCAACAGACUGUUAAUCUUAUCUCGAUACAAAACAAUUCUUGGAUAAGUUCCCUUUCAUCAAUGGUUGGUAAUAUUUUCCUGUCCGACGAAGUUGACGAAAAAAUGCAGCAUAUAAGACAAAACAACGCUCUGUUGCUAGCUUUUUAUGAAGCUGUACACCUGAAUAGAAAUUUUAUUACCACGUUAGCCACGACCCAAGCCGAAUCCAGUUCUCCGCCUUCGCCAUCAAAUACGUUAAACAAUCAUCAUUCUGUUGGCGAUUUGGCUACGGCACCGCUAAUGGAAGUAACUCAAUAUCCAACUAAUUUAUUCGUUGCGGUAUUUCAAUAUUGCUCUGUUGUUAUGAUGGACCAUAAGAAUGAAUCUAGUGUGACAAAUUUGAAACUUUGUUUUAUAAUACUUACGUGCAUCUCAGAGGAUCAGUACGCUAAUUCGAUGAUGCAUGAUUCUAAUUUAACGUUUAAAGUAUUUUUGCACCGCGCUCAGAUGCGUCACAGGAAAAUAGCUGCAGAUAGAAUUACGAAACCGCAACCAUUGGCAGCAACUUUAAUGGAUUUGUUAGUAGAAUUCAUAGUGUCACACCUUAUGAAGAAAUUUCCUCUGGAGCUGUAUUUGUUAUGCAUAGGAAUAAUCCACAGAAUCAUUGUAUACCAGAAAAGAUGCAGAAUUAGGCUGUUGUAUCCUUGGAAAGAACUGUGGACCUCACUGAUAAGUUUGCUGAAGUUUAUCGUUUAUCAAGAACAAAACCUUAUAAAAAAGUGCAAUAUUUUCAACUUAGCUAUACAGGUUGUGAAUAUCUUCAACUUGUUCAUUACGUACGGCGACACGUUUUUAGCUACAACAAGCAGUUAUGAUGAGCUAUACUAUGAAUUGAACCGUGAGGAAAAAGUUUUCAGUGAGAUCCAUGCGAUGGUUUUGCGAUACACUUCAAUGGAAGAGUGUGAAUACAAAGAAGAUGUUUUUAAGCUUCUUAACUCAUUAGUGAAUAUUCUGGCCAUUAUUAAACAUUUUCAGAUAAAAAUAAAAGAAUGGCUGUCAGCAGAAUCACUCUCCACACCUACUGAAGAACAAAUUUUGAAUCAAAUACAGAAAAAUUACGACCUUACGUUGAAGCUUCAAGAUUCUUUGGAUUUCUUUGAACGUUAUAGUGAAAAACCGCACGAUGCUUUCUUCAAAAACUUAGUUAAAGAAGUGGUCAUCGAUAUGCGCAAGUCCGUACACAAUGUAGUAAAAUCUUUCAAUGACAAUCGUCCCAAAAUAAACUCUUAGUUAUACUUUAAAAUUAAUAGAAAUAGUUUUAUUGACAAGAA